AUGACCAAAUCCCUUGACUACAACCAAAACAAGAGAGUUAUACUAAAAUCCUUUCCUGGAGCUACGACAGAAGACAUGUAUGAAUACGUCAAACCAACCAUGAAGAAAAAGCCAGAUAACAUCAUCCUUCAUGUUGGCACAAAUGAUCUUUCUAGAAACGUAGCACCAGAGGUUAUAGCUAACGAUAUAAUUAAUUUAGCAACAUCAUUGAUUAACUCGAAUAUGAACGUAUCCGUAUCUGGUCUGACUCCAAGAAAUGACGAUCAAGGUAUUAGAUGUGACGAACUCAAUGACCACCUAUAUAAAGGAUGUGCUGAACGAAAUAUCGCAUUCAUAAAUCACUAUCAGCAGAUGGAUCGGAAUCGUCACCUUAACAGAAAAACGAUAGAAAAUGAUAUAUCGUUCUCUUCCUGCUUAAAAAACUUACGUCUACAAAACUUUAAUAGGAUUAUUCUUGGACAAAUUAACAUUAAUUCCGUACGAAAUAAAUUCGACUGUCUAGUUGAUGCAAUUGAUGGAAACCUUGAUGUUCUUUUAAUCUCUGAAACUAAAAUUGAUAGCUCUUUUCCUACCGCUCAAUUUAAAAUUGACGGUUACACAAAGCAUUUUCGUCUGGAUCGUAAUAGUAAAGGUGGAGGUAUGCUCUUAUAUGUACGUCAAGAUAUUCCAUCAAAACAGUUGCAUCCAACUAGUACUAGUACGGACAAUUUUGAAGGAUUUUUUGUCGAACUAAACCUGCGAAAAAAAAAAUGGCUGCUCUGUUGCUCAUACAACCACCACAAAAAUGCUAUAUCUGAACAUUUAAAAAAUAUUGGUAACGGUCUUCAUGUUUUGUCUGCAAAUUAUGACAACAUAUUACUAUUAGGAGAUUUUAAUGCGGAAAUUAACGAAAAUAGCAUGACAGAAUUUGCUGAACUCUACAACCUUAAGUGCCUCGUGAAGGGCCCCACAUGCUUUAAAAACCCUGAUAACCCAUCGUGUAUUGAUCUUUUUCUCACAAAUCGAUAUAACUAUUUCCAAAACACCAGCACAUUGGAAACAGGUCUCUCCGAUUUCCAUAAAAUGGCCAUCACUGUAAUGAAAAUAUAUUUUCAGAAACAAAAAUCUCAUAUCAUCAAAUAUAGGAAUUACAAAAACUUUUCAAAUGAACGUUUUUGUUAUGAGCUAACAUGUCGACUUCAAAAUAUAGAAAAAUCGAAAAAAAAGAUAGAUGAUGAGUUAGAAAACUUUCAUGAAUGUGCAAAAUCAGUCCUUAACAAAAUUGCGCCAUUAAAAAAAAAAUACGUAAGAGCAAACCAAUCACCGUUCAUGAAUAGGACCCUGCAUAAGGCUGUUAUGAAAAGAAGACCAUCGACCCAAAUUAUAACACUGAUAGAAAAAGAAGAAAUCAUAUCGGAUGAUGAAAAGGUUGCAAACAUUUUCAACACUUUCUUCACGAAUAUUGUAAAAAAUCUGGAUCUUACAAUAUCUGACACAAUCCUUGUAAUUUGCUCAAACGUAGAUGACCCUGUUUUGAAGGCUAUUAAACGAUAUGAAAACCAUCCAAGUAUACUGAAUAUAAAAAAAAACAUUGGUGAUUACAAUCCUGGUUUUUCCUUCAAUCAUGUAGAAAAAGCUGAAAUCAGGAGAGAGAUACGAAAUUUGAAUAUUCAUAAGGCAUGCCAAGAAACCGAUAUACCAACAAAAAUAAUUAAGGAAAACGAAGAUCAGUAUUUAGAAACUUUACAUUUCUCUGUUAACUCUGCAAUUGAUCUGUGUAAAUACCCAGAAUUUUUGAAAAGGGCAGAUGUGACACCACUUUUUAAAGAAAAAGACAGAUCUAACAAAUCAAACUACAGACCUAUAAGCAUUCUUAGUAACCUUUCAAAAAUCUUUGAGAGAUGUCUGUAUCGUCAAAUUGAAGAUUAUUUUAACCGAUACUUAAGUAAGUUUCAGUGUGGAUUUAGGAAAGGCUACAGUGCUCAGCACUGUCUCACUGUUAUGCUUGAAAAAUGGAAAAAGGCUGUUGAUGAAGGUAAAGCAUGUGGAGCCCUUCUGACUGAUUUAUCUAAAGCAUUUGACUGUCUCCUACAUGAUUUACUGAUCGCAAAACUUCAUGCAUAUGGAUUUGACAUGUAUUCCCUACGCCUAAUUAUGAGUUAUGUGAGUGGAAGAUUUCAAAGAGUAAAGAUAAAAAAUUCGUAUAGCUCAUGGCUUGAAAUAUUGUUUGGCGUGCCGCAAGGAUCUAUUCUAGGCCCGUUACUUUUUAACAUAUUUAUCUGCGAUCUUUUCUCAGUUGAAUUUGAUUUUAAUGACAUUGAAUUUGCGAGCUAUGCAGACGACACAACACCAUAUGUUAUCGGUAACGACUCAAAGGAAGUCGUUACUAAACUUCAAAACAUUUCUGAAAAAGUGUUUACAUGGUUUGACAAUAAUGCAAUGAAAGCAAAUGAUGACAAGUGUCAUUUGCUUUUAAGCGAUAAUGAAAUAUUAAGUACACAGAUAGGCAACUCAGUAAUAAAAGGCAGCACUCAUGGACGCCUACUUGGAGUCAUUAUCGAUAACAAACUUAAAUUUGAUCUGCAUGUGUCUAAACUCUGUGCAAAAGCGAGUCAGAAACUAAAUGCGCUUACAAGGAUGACAUCUUUUAUGAACUUUAAUAAGAAGAAACUAUUAAUGAAUUCCUUCGUAAUUUCGCAAUUCAAUUACUGCCCUCUAGUUUGGAUGUUUCACAACAGAGCUCUAAACAAUCGUAUUAAUCGAAUACAUGAAAAAGCACUGCGGAUAGUCUAUAGCGACAGUUCUUCUUCAUUCACAGACCUCCUUCAUAAGGACAGCUCUGUUACGGUACACCAACGAAACCUACAAUCUCUUGCAACUGAGAUAAAUAAUCGAGAAUUUACUGGCCGUAAUGCUAAAUCAGUUUACUAUGGUACAGAAACUUUAUCCUUUAUCGGUUACAAAAUAUGGCAACAAAUUCCAGUAAGAAUCAAAGAAAUGUCAUCCUUGCAAUCCUUUAAAUCCCAAAUUAAAAAGUGGGUACCAAACUGCUCCUGCAGACUAUGUAAAAAAUACAUCCCACAAAUUGGUUUUAUAUGA